AUGCAUGGAGAGCUUGGGAACAAGCUCGUCCAACACGCAAAACGCACCCUCACCCUCCCCGCCCUACCUCCCUACCAAACCGAGCUCGUGCGCAGCGUGGUGCGCGAAGUGCGCGACCUGGACCGCGACGUCUCUCGCAUAUUAGAGCCAUUCACCACCACGACCUACGAUGACGAGGGCAACGCGUCGUCACAAAACACGUUCAACCCGACGGAACAUCCCGAGACGGCGUGCGCGCUGCUCGUCGACCACCUGAGCAUGAGGAGGGAUAAGAGGUGUCUGCUGGCGUACCACCGCGUGAGGGCGGAGAAGUUGGAGGGGAUGGUCUGGGAGGGCCAGGAUUUGGAAGUUGACCACGAAGCGGGUGCUGGCAGUGCCUCAAACACCAAUACCAACACCAAUGUCCGCGGCGGCGAGGACACCUCCGCGGGAGCAGCUACCCAUAACGCGCUCUCACCUGAAGAAUCCUCCUACUUCCACGCCUAUUCGGACUUCCUCUCCCAAUACAAGGGCCAAUGGACCGACAUUGACCUGACGGCUUCGCUGGACCCGCCCCGCGACCUUUUCAUUGAUGUCCGUGUCCUAAAGGACGCAGGAGAGAUCCAGACGGAGUACGGGGCGAUUAAUUUGACCAAGAACUCCCAGUUUUUUGUCCGCAAGGGCGAUGUGGAGAGGUUGAUUCAGGGGGGGUUCUUGAAGAGGUUGAGUUGA